GGCAGCUUAUUGAAUGGCCUUCCAGCACGCUCUCCCGGCAGCUCUAUCACAGCCAUAGACAGGGUAUUGAAGGCGCUCUGACCGCCUCUCCCAGCAUUCCUUGCGGCACGCGCUGUACGUGGCUGCUGAUUGGCUGCCGUGUGAUGCGGUCAGUGAGCCGCUCUCCCCCGGUCUGUUGUUGUAUCGGCCCUCAGCUCCUCUCACGGUUCCCAGCUCGGCAGGCGCUCCGGUCUCGGCAGCGGGGCGGCGGCGGGAGAAGGAGAAGAAGCGGAGGAGGGGCAGCGGCCGGGGCUGCCUGGGAGUCCGGUUAGCGGCGCUGGGAGCCGCGCUCGGGAUCUUGGUCUGUUCGCAGCACUGGGAGGGCCGCUGAGCUCCCAGGGGCGGCAGCCAGACACACAGCGGUCACGGCCCGGGACUCUGCAGGACGCGGCCUACGGCGCCGCUACCGACGGCAAAACGGUAAGAAAUGGCGGACACCGCAACCCACCGGCGGUAACGGCCCGCCCGGGGUAACCGGGACACUGCAACCCACCGGCGGUAACCGGGACACUGCGGGGCCCGCCCGGGGAAACCGGGACACUGCAACCCACCGGCGGUAACCGGGAUACUGCAACCCACCGGCGGUAACCGGGACACUGCGGGGCCCGCCUGGGGUAACGGCCUGCCCGGGGUAACCGGGAUACUGCAACCCACCGGCGGUAACCGGGACACUGCGGGGCCCGCCUGGGGUAACGGCCUGCCCGGGGUAACCGGGACACUGCGGGUCAGGGGGAGGCCAGUGGUGGCCCCCAGUGUGGCGGUGCCGGUGGCCCUGGAAGGUAGGGCUGGUGGCCCGCUGUGGCGGUGCCGGUGUCUUACAGGGCCAAUGGGGGAUAAUCUUCUAAGUACACGUUGUCUGUCUCUUUAUACCAGAAUUGUCACUGGGGACGGUUAAGCACCUAGUGAACAUGGAAGGAUGCAGUUUUAAUAUUUUGUAAAGUGUAUCUGUGCACUGUGCUAGCAUUGGGGCAGGUUACAGAAGAUUCUAGGUGAGACUCGUGUGCUGCUAUGCACUAAGCACUCUUGCAGAUUUUCGGUUAAAUAUUUGUAAGUACUCUAAGUUGGUUUAGCAGUGGAUCGGCACAACAACUGACAAUAGUAAUCGUGAGACUUCCAGUACUUACUGUAUGUUGUUCAAGACCUACCCGUUUUCAGUUAUAGGCUGGAUUUUUGGUUACAGUUUUUCUGUGUUCUAAUACCUUUUUGUUAUGUUUAGCCCAACUGUAGACCAUUUUGCAGACCUGUAUAUGUGAGGAAUAAACUAGACAAAGGAGUAGUCUAGUUGCCAUAAUCACUAUGUGUAGUUGUAAAGGUGCCUUUGGUGUGCUGUGUGCGCUGGUUAUUGGUCAGACCACUUUCGGACAGUUUGACCAAAACUCAAGAUCUAAAAAAGUUCCCCUUCCGCAUUAGCAAUAUCUAUUGCAAUCAUAUAUUGACACGUUCAUUGGUGAAUUGAGGACCUCUGUUUUUGGUUGUAUUGCCCAAAAACUGUUCCAGAGACAGCUCUUGUGACCUAAUGGCACUACAACCAAUACAGUGGCACGCUCCAGUCAUACCAGUACAGUGAUAAUGUAAAAUAAGUUUAGGUUAAUCUAAUUAAAGGGAACCUAUUCUGUGCACCACCUUUGGUUAAAAACACACCCAAAUUUUUUUUCAAAAGAUUACUUGCCUCAUUUCCAGCACCAGGACUCUUCUGCUGUAGCAAUCUGCUUCACAUUCAAAAUUGUCAGCAUGUUUGCGUAAAUCUAAUGCAUAGGGAAGCAAUGGACUUGAAAUAGAUAUGCACAGCCAAAUGCCGUGCUCUUGCAAUCAGCUGCAGGGUUAAAAAUUGUAGGGUUAAAAUGACAGGACCACUGCACCCAAAGCACUUUGUUGAUAUUAAGAAAGAAAAUAGUUUGCUUUGGCUGGCUGUGCUCCACAGUAGUUUUAGUUCGAGAGUAAUUCACGAGCUACAUAUUAGCUGCAGUUAGUAGACUACUUAGUUGAAACUUGCUGUCUUAGUGACAUUAAGUGCUUGUUUUCAUGAAGGUAUGGCUUGAAAAAACAACUGGAAUUUAACUAAAUUUAACUUAAAUUGAAUUAUUUUCAGUGGAACAAUUUAUUUAUUUUUUUCCCCUUCUGUAGGUAAGAAAAAGUGCAAGAUGUCAAAAAGCCGUCGGAAGGUUACAGUAGAAAACACAAAAACCAUAUCCGAUAGCACAUCUCGUAGACCAAGUGUUUUUGAAAGGCUUGGACCUCCUGAGGUAAGGUUGCAAUUUUACUGGUUUUAGCGCAUAGUGCCCUUUUAAACAUUCUGAAUUUUGCUGUAUUAGUAAUCUUGUGGCACUAUCUCUAACUUUUUGCAUACACUAAGCUCCACUAUUUGCCAGUGCGGCGAUGGCUCCUUCUGGUAAAUUGUUUUUAGAUGCUCAGCCAUCUUUUUGGCUGGCUGCUUAUUUUGAGGUUUUUAGUCCACAACUAUGCGUAGCCCUGCUUCCAAGCAUCCUGUUUUCAUUAUAAUUUAUAUUUGCAGUGAAAAAGUACAGAUGCAUUGUACAUAAGUGUAUAAAUCAUGGGCAGAGCCAUUAGUGUUCUCUAACUGCUUCAGACAAAAACUCUUCACUGACUUACCAUAAGACCAUUACAUUUUUGGCUUACUUCGACCCCCAGUGUAUUAUUGCUUGCUAGCUGACCGAGAAAUCUUUGGAUCUUGUCUGUGUUUCAGGCACAAUGUCGUAACUGGAUGAAUAAUGGCGCUUGUAUGUAUGGUAACACCUGUAGAUAUAUACAUGGACCUUCACCAAGAGGCAAAGGAUAUAGCAGUUCUUAUCGAAGGUAAGGCACUUCAUAAGCCUAUGAUUAAUUCAUGUAGUACUAUACUUUUUUAAACAUUGUGACAACAGUUAAAGGGACCCUAUAGUCACCAGACCUACAGCUUGAUGAAUUAAAGGUAGUGUUUACAUUAGUGCCUGGUGACACCUCUUGUGGCCGUCAUUUAGACGGCCACAUGAGGUGCUUCCUAGGUCAGUGCUGCACAACGUGCAGCAUUUGACGUUCAGCGACUCCACGCUCUGCAUGGAGACGCUGAACUUUCCCCUUAGGGAUACAUUGAUUCCAUCCAUCUCUAUGAGGAAAUGCUGAUUGGCACAGUGCGGUGUUUUGCAGCAUAUGCGCGUUAACCUCCCAAUGCUUUCCUAUGGGUAAGCAUUGCAUUGGCUAAGAUUGUCAAUUCUAAUGAUCUCAGCCAGGGGUGCGGGGCCAGCGCCCGCAGACAUGAGUGGCGCUGAGAUAAUGGUAAGUUUUGACAAUAUUUAAGGGGUGGCAUGGACCUAAAUAAUGUUUUUGACACUAUAGGGUCAGGAAUACACGUUUGUAUCCCUAACCCUAUAGUGUUCCUUUAAGGAUGUUGGGGGGGAAAAAAAAAUGUGUGUGUGUGUGUAUAUAUAUGUGUAUAUAUGUAUGCAUGUAUGUAUAAUUUUUACUGCAUUUAGAAACCCAAUGUAGCUUCAUGAUACUUUUAACAUAUUUCUGAUUUUUAUGUAUCACUAAAUAGAGUAUAAUUAUUUUUAUGUUGAAAUUUUAGUUUGCUUAUGUUUUUUAAAUAUAAACUUUGAAUUUUAAUUAUCAUAAGAUGAAUAAGGUAAGUGGUACUCAGCAGAUUUGGCAUGGUUAGCAGGUAGGAAGAUUUCAAAUUCUAAUUAUAUGUUCGUAUUCUAUUUUGUCGACUAUAUAAUCUGUCCUAACCAAUUUAGUUCAUCUAGGUGGAGGAUAUUUAGAACUCAGAGCUCACAUAAAGGUAUACUACAAGCCCCAUAACAAAUCUGAUUAUCUCUACUGAGCUAAACUGGCAGUUCAGUUGUGUGCUCAUUGGUGUGAGCGUCAGUAGAGUGCCCUCAUCCAUUAAAGGGAAACUCCAGUGCCAGGAAAACAAUCCGUUUUCCUGGCACUGCAGGUCCCCUCUCCCUCCCACCCCCCAAUCCCCGGUUGCUUACUUACCUACCAGAGGCAGCGACGAUGUCCCACUUCGCUGGUUCUUCCGCCGCCGCUCCUCCUAGUGAUUGCAUUGGCUGGUGGACGAGACUGAUCCCGCCCACCGGCCGGGGAGACUUAAUGCGAAUGUGCGACGCUCUAGCACAGGUUUCCUGUGCUAUGAUCCAGGAAGUGCCCUCUAUAAUUUCCAUAAAGCAAAUUAAAAACAACUUAUUAUAUCUCAAGUGCAAUAAUCUGCACUUUUUCCCACUUUCAUUAAGUUAAAGAAUUUUCAUUAGUCUAAUUUUUGUUUUGCACUGAGUGUAAAAUAAGUUUAAUUUAUACAGGUCUCCAGAAAGACCGACAGGAGAUUUGCGUGACAAAAUGAAGAACAGACGUCAUGAUGUUGAGUCAGAGCCACAGAAACGUACAGCUGAAGAAGCAACGUCCCCAGCAAGGGUAUGUACAUGAUAUAUUUUUUUUCCCUUAAAUAAUGUAUUUUAUUUUUUUAUUUUUCUAUGAACACCAUGUCCAGAAAUGUGUAUAUGGUAAAGAUCCCUUUUAAAGAAGAUGGUAGCAAUGGGCUGCAAGUAUUAGUCGAAGCACCACUCAUUGUGGUCCAUAGUUCGAUGAAUUUGCAGGGAAAGGAAACCUCUGCAUUAUCAGAACAGGAGCAAUGGGAGAUAGAAGAGCUCAAUGCGUUUGACACAUAAGAGAAUGGCACCCAAAGACUCAUUUUACCAUAACUACUACAUUAAACUGUAGUAGCUAUGGCUCAUACAUUCCCUUUAAAGCAGAAUUGUGAUUUCCAAGUGGCAACUCAUUGUGACUUUUACUUUUUUGUUUUGCCUUUUUGGUGUUUACAGGACGAAUAAAGCAGCAAAGAUAAGUUAAAAGGAAAAAAAAAUUUUUUGCAUUCUGGGCGACUCAUUUGUCCUAGGAUGCCUUGGCACUUAUGUGAAUUUCUGUGAGCACGUUAAAGCGGCACUGUCAAGCCUCACUUACUUUUUACCAAUGGUUUUCUCUUUUGUACCUCUCCCAGAGUCUUUUUUUUUUUUUUUUCUGCUCUAGUUCUCUUUAAAAUCUAGUAGGGACUAUUUUGUCUUAUGUAUCUUUUCCAGCCGUUUAGUAAAUAGUCCCCUAAAUUGGUACCCUGUAUAAUGUAAAUAUAAUGGCAAUUCCAUAAGGAUUAGGGAGCUAUCAGCCAACUUUACUCAUGCUAAAUAGAAGAUACUUAGUAUUAGUAAAUAAGGGAGGAUAAAAUCUCCCUCUAUUAAGUGCAUGUCUACUGAAUUAUAAUUAGUCUUUCAUAUAACUAGCCAAAAUUCUGACAAUAGCGUAUGCCAAGCGCUCACCUGGGCAUGCGUGCAAAUUUAGUGCGAUCUAGUGUUGGCAGAUGACUCUUCCUGUUUUUAGAGAAACUACCAAGCCAUGUUGGGCAUAUAAAAACAGCACUGUCAUGACCGCAUCCGUUUUUUUUGUUUUGUUUUGGGUUUUUUACCGCUCCUGAUUCUUCUGCAGUUAACUUUGUUCCCAAAGCCGUCACCCCCAAAUGCCCCUAGGUCUGCCAUUUCACUUUCUUUUUUUUUUACCUCUAAAUUUCUGCACCAGAUUGAUCUCCUAGGCUCCCCCAUCUUACUGUUCCAGAGAUUGAUAAAGAUUGCUAUAGCAGUUUUUAAUUGCAUUAUUCUACAAAUAUGAUUUAACUAUAUUCAUUGUGUGUGUGGUCAUUUUAAGUAAGCUGUAUUUCCGGUAAUGCCUUCAUGGCCUAUGCAAAUACCUACAAAAAGGUAUUGACUAAUUUAAUUUAUUUUUGUCACGUCUACUGUAAUUGAGAACUUGCAUUUUUGCUUUCCUAGUAUCAUUUCAGACCCUGUGUUUAAUGUCGCAAGAUAAAUGAUGCUGAAUAUUGUCUAAAGCUUUUUAUUUCCCAAAUAUUUUUACAAAGGGUGCAUGUAUAAGUGAAAAAUAUACCUUUUUAUAAAUUUGUAUAAUUACAAUUUGUAUGAUUGUCUGCAAAUCCGCCUAUACACAAUUUAUGUAUAAUAUUUAAAUGCUAGUUAUGCAUCCACUUACUUCAAAUAAAGGUUUUUAUAAUAUAAUUAAUAUAUAUAUAUAUAUAUAUAUAUAUAUAUAUAUAUAUAUAUAUAUAUAAUUUUUUUUUAUUAUUUUUUUAUCAAAACGUGCUUGGUAGUGAAGGAUUUAAGCUCUUCACCUGUUGCACAUUGGUUAAGAUGGUUUAAGAGGGGAGUCUACAGCAUUGUUAUGGGGUCUUGUGGAUGACCCCUAUUUCCUUCACAGUGAUGUUCAUUAAAGAAAAUUUGGAAGGGCAUUCUAAAGCCUUAUGACAAGUUGGGAUUCUGGCACAAUUUGGGGGCAAUUCAGAUCUGUUUGCUUGGUAAACAUUUGAGUUCUUAUAACAUAAAGGUUGGAAAAACUUUUUUUUUCAUUUUUCUUUGAAAAGCAAAGGCAAUGUUUUGUAACUUUGGAAUCUUGCUUUUACAGAAAGAAUCUUCCAGAGGAAGGCACAGAGAAAAGGAAGAUAUAAAAAUUACUAAGGAGAGAACUCCUGAAAGCGACGAAGAAACUGCUGAAUGGGAAACGACUAGAGAUGGUGAGAACAUGUAUAAACCCAUAUCACAGACCAGGGCUCAAUAUUCCCACUCUCCACUGGUGAGUGAAAAUUUAGCCCUGGUGAGUAUGCUACAGCUUACAAUGGUUCAUAACUUUCUAGGCCUGGCGCGUAGCAUAGAAUUUCAGAUUCUAAACUCUAGCAUAGACCACAAAAUUAAAACCUAAAUGUCACUUUUAUGUUUUCCAUAAAUAUAUAAUCUUUCUGAAAAGUGCAUGUAGACCACUAAUUUCAUUAAAAUUCAAGUCCAGUCAAAAGAUUUAUUGCAUACUUUAUCUAAUUCUCUUACUUUUUUCUCUCUGCUUCUCAUCAAAAUGGUUCAGAUAACGAUCCAGUUGUUUCUUUGAUAUACGUUUUUGUACUUUGAGAGAUGCUUACCAUUUCUUCCAUAGUUGACAUAUGCCAUUUGCUGGUGCUAUGCUGGAACCAAUCAACUUUAUCAAUGUUAAAUGCCGGCAACUGUGACUUGUGACUUUUCUAGUUUAUGCCAAGAGUAGCUAAUUAUCUAAUUUGGCAAUAUUUCCCUAUCGCUCUGCAAGUAAUUGUAUAAAGUGUGCAUACCAUAUAGCUUCACACCCUCUUUGAAAGGCCCCUUGAUUUCUGUGAUGGAGCCCGUGCUGUGAUUGCAAGUCAUGAAAAAAAAUAUAAAUGGAGACGUGACAGGCCAGUAUUGGUUUGCUAGGUGAUAGAAUUUUGAGUGCUGAACUAAAUAUCCCAUACAUUUCUGGUGGGUUUACAAAGUACACUUGCUUGAGAAAGCUAUAUGAAAAUGUUAUGUAGUGUAUCUUCACUUGCUGCUCCUGUGAUGUUUUGCACAGUCAUGAGUAAUUAUAAUGCACGAUACAGUCUGUUGGAGUAGUUAUCUCUUUAUAGGUAGAACUCAGCAGCUCUAGAAAAUAAGGAUAUACAUUGAUUUAGAUGGAAAUCCAGUUCAAGAUUUUGGACAUGUACUAUGUAGAAUGUUUUGUUGUGUAUUGGGUUUUGUUUUAACUGUUAUUUAAAACCAGGUAGGGCGAUUAAGAGGUUAGAACUGCUCAGAUCAUGCAUACAUUUUCUGCUUUUCAUUUAGAUGGCCACAAGCUUACUUGCACAGUAGGUAGAUUUUUGUUUAGUCUGAAUUAAAACAUGCAGGCAGCAUAUUGAGUGCAUAUGCAUGAGUUUCCUAUUGUAGCCCAUGGCUAAUUAUAAGUAGUAGUAAUACUCCUGCUGCUUUUUGGCAUUAAUGAAGCUACAAAGGCAUAUUUAUAAUGUACACUGUUGGUGCAAUGAUGAACAUUUCCUUAAAAUGUUCUAUUGUGUUAAGUUUUAUAGCUUGCUUUUCAGUUUGUAAUCUUUUAGCAUUUGCAAGAUCUGUAGAAUAAUUAGUAGGCUGGCUGUCCAUUUGCGAAUAAAAGCUAGAAAUGCACACUUAUAUACACUGGCGAUGAUCAUCAAUAAUGAACUGAGCGCAUCAGCUGACAUGCUCAGCUAAUCAUUGUCGUCGUCCUCCCCCCCCCCAUUUCACCCUUUUACGACUCACUUCUGUUCUGUCCUGGCCUUGUGAGUUUCAUUUUAUAAUUCCCUAUUUGGAGAGACAGAGAAAAGUAACUCCAGAUGAUUAAAGGACAUAGUUAACUUAAUUUAUUCAAAAUGUUUGUUUGGAUAUUUUUCAUAUCCCCAGAUUCCGAGAACGGUGAUGUUAAUUACGAUUAUGACCAUGAAUUGUCUCUAGAAAUGAAGCGGCAGAAAAUCCAGAGAGAACUUAUGAAGUUGGAGCAGGAGAACAUGGAAAAACGAGAAGAGAUUGUGAUUAAAAAAGAGGUUUGCAUAUUCACACUAGCUAGUAAAUGUGACCUGUUUUGAUGGAAAAGUAUUUGUAACUUUAGAUCCAUACAGCCCAUAGUGUCUUCGAUCAAUCUGGACAGUACCGGAUUGUAAUUUUAUUAUUUACUGCUUCUUGGGAACAUUAUGGGAAAAAAUCCAUUAAAUGUAAUUCUGCUGAACAUUUGGUUUAUGGGAAGUGGAGAUAUAGUGCAAGAGAUUUUUCCCCCCUCUUUCUUAUGGUUAAUCUUUCAUGUACUACAUGCAUUGUUGCAUCUUUUUUGAACUAACAGCCAUUACUAUCUUCACUGGUUUUGUAAUGGAUGUUUCACAACCAUAGAUUUCUGGUCAUAUUUAUAUACUUUAUCAGCUACAUGAGAAAGCAAAACAAACGUGGUGGUAGAGCAUUCAAAACUACUGCUCCUAAAGCAGUAAAUAUAUAAUUCUUCAAAGUGAUAAGUUAUAUAUUUGGAGUAUGAAUGGUUAUAGUUCUACUCACUCACCCUCUAUCCUUCCUUGCUCCAGCACCCUCCACCCCUAUUUCAGAGAUCGAUUGGCAUUAUACUCUGACAUCCACCCUCUAGUCCUAAACACAACUAACAUUGUUUGGGGACGUCUCUCCAAAAUGUUUCUGAUGUCUUCAUUGCAGGUUUAUGGGUAUUAGAAUGUCAAAUAGGGGGGGGGGAGGCAGGCAAAAUUCAGAGUUGGAUUUGACAGGUAAAUAACUUAUUUGUUAGUAGUUAAAUUUCUUGGUCGCAUGUAUAUAUUCUAAUUGAGUCUUGAGAGAUCCAUCAUGGGUUAUUUCACAAAGGAACACAGAUUUAGCCAGAGAGAAAAACUAUUUAUUCAUCAAUUCAUAAUGUCUGACAAAGCUUAUUUUCAUUUAAGUUUUAAGUGGCUUAGUCAGUAAACACAUUUGUCGUUUCUGGGGUAAUGAAAAUCCAUGGAUCACUCAUCAGUGCCAAUUGCACCCUACAAAGUGCACUGCAUGAUGCGAUGCGAUGUGACGUCGCAGGAAGCAAUCAGGCUGAAAUUCAAGCUCUAGAGCCUCAAACAUUAAUGUUAUGUACAAUGCAAUUGAAAGAACCUGACUUUGUGUGGCUGCAUUGUGUGGAGCUCAUUUAAAAUAUAUAGUCUUCUGCACCUAGUCAAACAAAUUUCAAUUCCUUAAAUCAGUGGUAGUCAACCUUUAUCUACCUACUGCCCACUAAUGCAUCUUUCUUGAUGGAAAAAUUUCCUUACCGCCCACCAGUUUGUGCGGAAUAUUUUUUAGAAAGGAGGGUGUUUUUGAAAAAAUAAAUGUACGUACAUUUAUCUUUUUAUUUCUACUUUAUUUAUAUUUAUAAUGUUUUAAACUUUAUAAAGUUUAAUGAGAAAACAAUAAAGUAAAUUGAAAUUACCUUUACUAGUGAUUAAUGAGAUCCUUGAGGUUGAUGCUGCGAGACUAAAUAUUUGAUAUCUGGUUCGAUUUUCGUCAGGAACAAACAAAGGUCUCCUCUUUCGGUGAUAUUCAGACGACUUCUCUGUUUGCUCAUGAUAUGAUUUCUCAUCUGUGAGUCAGCUCACCUCCUCAAUUCCCCUCCCCACUUUUUUUUUCUUCCUUUUUUCUAUUUUUUAACCUUCCUUCUAACAAUGCCCAGUACUUACUAUUACUUACUAUAGCCCACUAUAACAGACACACACGAGGCGCGCGCGCGCGAAGACACACACACGAGAGAGACAGACACACACACACACACACGAGAGACAGACAGACACACACACACACGAGAGACAGACAGACACACACACGAGACAGACAGACACACACACACACACGAGACAGACAGACAGACACACACACACACACGAGACAGACAGACACACACACGAGACAGACACACACACACACACACACACACGAGACAGACACACACACACACACACGAGACAGACACACACACACACGAGAGACACACACACACACACACACACGAGAGACACACACACACACACACGAGAGACACACACACACACGAGACACACACACACACACACGAGACACACACACACACACACGAGACACACACACACACGAGAGACACACACACACACACACGAGAGACACACACACACACGAGAGACAUACACACACGAGAGACAUACACACACGAGAGACACACAUACACACACGAGAGACACACAUACACACACGAGAGACACACAUACACACACGAGAGACACGAGAGACAGACAGACACACACACACGAGAGACAGACAGACACACACACACGAGAGACAGACAGACACACACGAGAGACAGACAGACACACACACACGAGAGACAGACAGACACACACACACGAGAGACAGACAGACACACACACGAGAGACACAGACACACACACACGAGAGACAGACAGACACACACACGAGAGACAGACAGACACACACACACACGAGAGACAGACAGACACACACACACCCACGAGAGACAGGCACACACACACACACACCGCGAGAGACAGACACACACCGCGAGACAGACAACAGACACACACACACGAGAGACAGACACACACCGCGAGACAGACAGACACACACACCACCGAGAGACAGACAGACACACACACGAGGGCUUGGAGCACACACGAGAGACAGACACACACACCACGAGAGAGACAGGCACACCGCGAGAGACAGACACACACCACGAGACAGACACUUACACACGAGGAACAGACACACACACGAGAGACAGACACACCACCACGAGAGACAGACACACCACGAGACAGACACACACACGAGACAGACACACACACGAGAGACAGACACACACACGAGAGACAGACACACACACGAGAGACAGACACACACACGAGAGACAGGCACACACACGAGAGACAGGCACACACACGAGAGACAGACACACACACGAGAGACAGACAGACACACACACACACACACGAGAGACAGACAGACACACACACACACACACACACGAGAGACAGACAGACACACACACACACACACACGAGAGACAGACAGACACACACACACACACACACACGAGAGACAGACAGACACAAAAUAUUUUAAUCAACCUCCUGUUUUCUACCUUUUAGGUGCAGGAGGGUGACAUUCCCUGGGGUCCAGUGGUGGCUCAGGUGGAUGGGAGUCAAGAGUUCCCACUCUGACUCCCUCUGCUUCCUCCCGCGCGGUCUGUGUGUUAGCUGCAAGGAGUGACGUGCAGUCCCUUUCUCCCAGCUUUGUGUGAUGUAAUCACAGGGGCCUGGUCUCGCUGUUAAAGCGCUCAGCGCUGACCGGGCCCCCUUACAUUCCAUAACCAUCGGGUGGCUCUGACAGCAUGAGCCACCCGAUGAACUCCUUGGACGACGGACCUGGCGGUUUGUCACGCGGGCCGGGACCGCAAAUGGUGAUGGCGGGUACCCGGUCGCAGGGGUACCGCUGGCUCGCACCUGCCUGUCCGCUCAAUCUCUCAAAAUGAGGAAAUCCUUACCGCCCACCUGGAAUCCUAUAACGCCCACUAGUGGGCGGUAUGGACCAGGUUGACGACCCAUGCCUUAAAUGGACAAUAUAGUCACCCGAACAACUACAACCGGUGGGGCAAAUCACAAUUCGAUCCGCACACCUUUUUAUAGUAUAGAGAGGGUGCCGGGGGCCUAAACGGCAAUUAAAAAAAAAAAAAACUAUAGUGUUCCUUUAAGCAUACAUUGUAUGUAAUAUCAUUAAAAUGUAUUCAGUUAAAAAAAAAAAAAAGUUAUACACUCCUCACCCUACACCCUACUCUAAAUUGUGUCCCUCCCUGUAAAUUCCCACUGCAGGAGAGAGAAACUGGCUGGGGAACAGGUGUUUUAUAGCAGGGCAUCACGUUGUAACCAUAAACUACAUUUACUGAUUUGAAAAUGUUGUUUUUUGUGUUUAUAUCUAUAAAUUGCGUAGCAGCUGCUUGGUAAAGCAUAUGCAUAUUUAAUGUAAUUACAUCUGCUACUUUAAUGAAAUUUUUCUUCUGAAUUGUUGUGUGUAGAUAUCACCUGAAGUAAUGACCAAAAUGUCACCUUCACCAAGAAAAUCUAGUAAAUCUCCAAAACGAAAAUCCAGCCCUAAAUCUUCCAGUUCCGUAAAUAAGAAAGAGAAGAAGGCAGUUGCCGUAUCUUCACCUCUGCCUGAGCUAUCAGGAAGGUGAGUAAGCUGCAACCAUAUGUCUCUAUUCUAAUUACAUUACAGAAUUGGUUACCAUAUAGAAGUCCAACAAAAGCUAAAGGAUUUAAGAAUUCUACACAUCCAAUUUACUUAAUUUGAAACACAAAGAUAUUGUUCCAACUUGAAUUCCAAAAUAUUGUAUUACAUUUAAUGUGUCCAUUGUAUACAGUUUGCAUUUUAAUACUUUGGGGCAUUUAAGUGGGUGUUUUGUAUAUACAUAUUUUUAUAAUUUUAAUACAUUGCAUUUAGUAGAUACACAAAAGGAGCACACAGCAAAAAGAAAGGACCUCGUACUCCAAGUCCUCCACCUCCAGCUCAAGAAGAAGUUCCAAUUUCCAAGAAGCACAAAGAUAAACAUAAAAUGAAAGAUCGAGUGGAGGAAAAGGUAAAGGACGUAAAAGAGAGAGCACAAGAAGUUGAGAAGCACAGAGACAAAAAGGACAAACAGAGGUUAGAUGUGUAAGGUGUCUCUCUAAAUAUAUGCUUAUAUAGUAUUCAAGUAGUACUUAAAAAAAUAUGUUCUACUAAAAUCUUAUAAUGGAUUACCUUCUGAAAUCGAAAUGUAAAAUAUAUAUAUAUAUAUAUUUUUUUUUUUUCUUUGCAACGUGUUUUUGAUGAUUUUUAUAGGGAUGCUUCUCAAGGAUCACACAGGCAGAAACGAUCUCCAAGUCCAGAUGAACACUCUGGUAGCAAUUCAUCUAAUUCUAGGGAUUAUUCUCCUCCUGCUCCAAGAAAACGCCAUGUGUCCUCACCAACCCCUACCAAGUCUUCAUCUCAUAAACAUGUACUCUCACCCUCUCGCAGGUAGGUUGUUUACAACCAGAUAACCCUUUUAUGAUCACCUGUAGGAUAUAUCAUAUAUAAUCGAGUACAAGUCAACCCGAAUAUAAGUCGAGACCCCUAAUUUUACCCCCAAAAACUGGGAAAACUUAUUGACUCGAGUAUAAGACUAGGGUGGGGAAUGCAGCAGCUACUGGUAAAUUUCUAAAUAAAAUUAGAUCCCCCAAAAAUUAUAUUAAUUGAAUAUUUAUUUACAGUGUGUGUAUAUAAUGAAUGCAGUGUGUGUGUGUAUGUGAUGCAGAGCCUUGGUGGGGGGUGGGCAUUUAAUUUUUUUUAAAAUUAAUAUUUUUUUAUAUUAUUAAUAUUUUUAUUUAUUUUCGUCCCCCCUCCCUGCUUGAUACAUGGCCAGGGAGGGGGGCUCUCAUUCCCUGGUGGUCCAGUGGUGUGUACUGUGUAGGAGGGGGGCUGGCAGCAAGCUGUAACUUACCUUUCCUGCAGCUCCUGUCAGCUCCACUGUAAGUCUUGUGGUGGGACUGCCGCGCGGAGCGCUGCCAUGGUAACCCGUGGCAACGCUCUGACCCUGCGGCUCUCGCGAGACUUACAGUGGGAGCUGACCGGAGCGCAGGAGAAGGGAGCUGCAGGAAAGGUAAGUUACAGCUCGCUGCCAGCCUCCAACAGGACCGCCGGGCUUGUAAUGAGCCCGGCGGUCUUGGUCUGUAUUAUGGCAAUACAGACAUUGACUCGAGUAUAAGACGAGUGGGUGGUUUUCAGCACAAAAAAGUGCUGAAAAACCCGUCUUAUACUCGAGUAUAUACGGUAACUUGUUCUGCUAUAGUGCAUACAUUUUUUUUUUUUUUCUCUACUGUGUAGUUUUACAAUUCCAUUCUCUUUCCUUUUGGUAGAAGCAAAGAUUUAUUUGCAGGGUACCUAAAGUACCCUCUGUAAUUCAGAUGUGCAAAUCUGUAGAUACUGAAGAAAUUCCUUUUCUUGUGUGGCACUUCUUGUGAGAGUAACCGAAGUUUAUACAAAACAUUUAUAAUGGAAAAGUGAAUGCUUGUGUUAUUGUCCAGGUUACUUUUGUUUCAUUGAAGGAGAAAUGUUUAAUAUCAAGUUAAUUAAAUAAAAGGUAAAAUAUUUGUUGUGGGCUAAUAGUGUAACGGAUCAUCUGGCACCCCGACUGGGUACCUCCAUUGAACGAUGCUCCUAGCACUUCCUGAGGGCUACAAGCACUCCAGCCGACACAAUAACCACUGUAGACUCCUCCAGAUAGCAAGACAGGAACAAGCUCUUACAAGAGCUUAGUAGUGAUAUAGCAAGGGAGUAUGACUAGCAUAGCAAUCCCUUGUAGCAGAUUCCCCCAAUAAGAGACAGGACUCCAAAUUAAGGGUGAAGCAGAACUGACUGUGCUGGCACAUACAGCCUCUUUUAUUCACAAUCCACAAACUUAGUACUGCCCACAGGGUUUUGAAAUACAACCAAUCAAUACGUACAAUACUCACAGACGCUCCCACACAAAAUCCUCCCCUCUGCCUGUGAUAUGAUUACUGAACACAAUGGUUAAUUAUCACAGUCAUAGAAAUACAGUUUUUACAAAAUAUUAAUAACUUCAAAAAUAUUUAUGCCACAAACAUAAUUACAUAUUCAAACUCGGCACACUUUAGUUAUAAACAUAUCCAAAAUUCAGCCAAUUCCAUCCAGGGGUUAAAAUGUUAGCUGGAGGUCCCUUUUUGACCGACCGCAAGCACAUUUUCAUGCCCAAAACAGUUCCAUAGAUUUGGGCUGUGCAGUUGGUCUAUAUCAGGCUGGAAAAACGACUAAGUCCCAUCCCUGCAAAUUAAUUGUGGGAGAAGGUAAGGCUCAGCGUUGUUUGCGGAACUGUGUAGCCGAUUUCAGUUCCAUGAAUUUGGCUACACACACCGCUGACUGCAUUGAAUAAUAAAAGAUGGCCGCUGCCAUGUGUUCGUUUGUCAAAUGGCAGCCCCCCAGCCUUCGGCAAUUUAACUUGCACACUUCCACUCCUGGGUGGUCCGCCUGUGUGGUACCUGGUUCAGUAAGCCCCAUUUACUGAACCAAGUGGGAGAAAGCCAGGAACACGGUAUAUUAACAGACUGGGGACACCGUCUUAAAGGGGCAUUGUUCCAAGUCACAGUAUGUCUCCCAGAUGGUUCUUAAAGGGCCAGCAAUAGCAUAAUAAAAUACAAUAUGCCCAAAUACUGUAUUUAAAGGGCCAAAUCUCCCAGGGGCCAUAGGCAGGAGGCGGGCACACAGGCUUCUCCAAUGCCCAGUGGCGAGGUCGGUUUCGCCACAGAUAGCAAGGCACAAAAUGUCGCUAUUCCACUAGGGAGACCUUAAAUAAUAAACCAUUGCAAACAACCUCCUGUAAUGUGACCUCUGGGAAUAAAAAGGACUGUCCUGCCCCCAAAGGAUUCUUAAAGCAUCUGGCAUUUUCUAUCUGGGGGGGGUGCACUUAGAUUCAAUAGCUAUACAUUUUCAGGCAUUUGUACAGAGUAAUUUUUAAAUUUGUAUUAUUUGAUUCUAAAAGCUAAUCACGGUUGAUAUAGGACAGGGGUCCUCAAACUUUUUAAAACAGGGGACCAGUUCACUGUCCCUCAGACACGAUUGGGGGAUGGAUUAUAGUUAAAAAAAAACAAAAAAACAAAAAAAAUGAAAUUCCUAUACAUACUGAAACAGACACAUAGUCCUAUACAGACACAUACAUACAGACACAGGCAUGCACAGACAGACAGACACAGUUAAUUUUUCUUACUUUUUUUGCAGGAUGGUGGCUAGGGCUAAAGGGAGUCCUUGUGGCUUAUCUCUCUCCUGUCCUGCGCGGAGCGAGCUGAGAGAAAGUGACCGGCCGUCACUUCCUCUCAGCACUAUUUUGCGGCUGCAUUUUUUUUUUUUUUAAAGGGUCCCGGUCUCGCUAUUGCACAUCCGCAGUGCUGACCAAGCCCCUGAAGAUAUAAGGCCCAUCGGGUGGCCCUAAAUGUUUGGGAUGGGUUCAGGACCCUGGCGCGCCGUAGUUUGAGGACCCGUGAUAUAGGGGGUCAAUACAGUAUUAAAGAAACGCUACAGGGUCAGGAACACAAACAUGUAUUCCUAAACCUAUAGUGUUAAAACUUCCAUCGGUCCUCCCUUACCUCCAUUAAUAUAGUAAAAUCUUACUUUUGUUCAAGUCUGCAGCUGCUGGCUUUACCCCUGAUCUGCCUGCUUGGCUGACAUAAUCAGAAGUGUUGUUCUGAGCCAAUCACAAUGCUUUCCCACAUGAUUUGCUGAGACUGUCAAGGAGGCAGAUCAGGGGCAGAGCCAGCACAAGUCAAAUACAGCUCUGGCCAAUCCGCAUCACCUCAUAGAGAUACAUUGAAUCAGUGCAUCUCUAUGAGGAAAGUUCAGUGUCUGGCUGCAGAGGGUGGAGACACUGAAUGGCAGUGCUGUAGAAAGCAUCCCUAGUAUCCAUAUGAAGAGUGGCCAGUGGAGUUAUCCCUAGGUUGUAAGGUAAACACUGCAUUUUCUCUGAAAAGAAAGUGUUUACUGCAAAAAGCCUAAAGGGGAUGAUGACACUCACCAAAACAAAUAUAAUGAGCUGUAGUUGUUCUGGUGACUAUAGGGUCCCUUUUAAUUGCACUGUGGAAAGAGGACCUUACUUUUGAUGUCUGUCUCCUAUACAUCUCUGCGAGGUGGUCAGGCCGUUUGUUGCAUACGUUGACCUCGUUCCUGCACAUUGUUAUGCCUGUGACAGACGAGAGAUCAAUGUAUAGAAUACAGAAUCCAGCGCACUUGCUUAUUCGCUAAACAAUGAUUUCAGAUCUUAGAGAUUGUAAUAGUUUUAUUUAAAAACACCUCACCUAGGCAAAAAAUUAUGGGGGUUUAGUUACGUCACAUGAUCAUACAUUGCAUAAGCCUGCCAACUACCCCAAGUCAAAGUACCCCAUAUUCGGCAGGUCCUAUCCUAGUAGCAGCCUAAUGCUUGCAAUUAUGAGAUUAAUCCACUUACUUGGGAAAUACUUCCUUACUGGGACUCUCUGCAAGUCAAGGCUAAAUAGGGUCCUGAAAUGAGGCACCUGUAACAGGGUGGUGUGCAAAACCAAGGAGUUGGCCUGGGACUCCCAAAUAUAUAAAAGAAAUCAAAAGGGCGGCACUCACCUGAACAUAUGCAUACAUUAUAGGGUGCUGCUGGGGCCAAAAUAUACAAAAUACAGAAUCCAGCGCACUCGCUUAUUCGCUAAACAAUGAUUUCAAAUCUUAGAGAUUGUAAUAGUUUUAUUUUUUUGCCUAGGUGAGGUGUUUUUAAAUAUAAUAUAUAUAUAUAUAUAUAUAUAUAUAUAUAUAUAUAUAAAUUUAUUUUUAUAUUCCUCCUUGCACUCAGGCUCUAAUCCACCAAUUCAAUUAAAGAGUUCAAUGCCAGGUGCCAGACUUUAGUUACAUCUAUAUAUACAAAAAAGGAAGUAGUAGUCUGCACUCAUGGUUACAUAGCUGAAAAGAGACUUGCGUCCAAGUUCACUUUUCCUCACGUAUGUUUUUGUUGUUGAUCCAAAACAAGGCAAAAAACCUAGGAAAAAAAUUCCUUCUUAACCCCAAAAUAGCAGUCAGAUGUCUCCUUGGACCAAGCAGCUAUUUACCCCACUAAUUAGAAAUUAUAUCCCUGUAUGUUAUGUUUUUCGCAAGUAUUUAUCCAAUUUCAGUUUAAACAUCUGUAUGGGCUCUGAUAAAACCACCUCUUCAGGCAGAGAAUUCCAUAUCCUUAUUACUCUUACUGUAAAAAAACAUUUUCUUUGCCUUAGAUGAAAUCUCUUUUCUUCCAGCCUAAAUGUGUGACCUCAUGUCCUAUGUAUAGCCCUGUUUAUAAAUAGAUUUCCAGAUGGUCUUUCUUAAAAGCAGUAUUUAUUUCCUCAUUUCUUAAAAAGAGCACUCAAAGUGCUUAUAGUGAUGCAAAGUGUCGCUGUUUUAGUCCUAGCAUGGGACUUACCUCAGGACAGCAUGAUGUUCAGAGGAUAGUCCCAUGCUGGGACUGAAACGCUACAUUUUAAGAAAGACCGUGAGUACAGACUACAACUUUUUUUUUUUUUUUUUUGGUUCUUAUGUGCACUGCUUAAUUUGUCUGGUAGUAAAACAGGGAAUUACAUUUGUUGUAAUCUUGGUAUGUUUUUAAAAAAAGAUAAAAUCUUAGCAAAGUUUCUUCCUAUCUCUUCAGGUCUGUUUCCCCCCAUGGAAGGCAUCAUUCUCCCAUGUCUUCGAGACACCACUCACCUUCUUCUCAGUCAGGAUCCUCUGUUCAUAGACAGUCACCUUCCCCUCGUCAUCGGAGAUCACCUUCCCCUGCCUACCAGAGAGCAUCUUCUCCUGUAGCCAGACGCUCUUCCUCUCCAUAUGCUACACAUGGUUCCUCCUCUCCUCAUAGAAAGAGGAGUCUAUCUAAGCAUCGUUCUCCAGCCCGAGAAAAAGGCAGACAUGAGAGGGAGAUACCCUCUAGUUCCCAGGACAGACGACACGACCGGAUGGAUGGUAUGCACACAUUUCUAUUAUGUGCAAUGCUUCAUUUACAACAUAAACACAAAGCUAAUUGUUGUCAAAAGGGUGGAGAUGUGGUGUUAUAAGCUUGUUUCUGUCUCAAAAACUAUGAAUUUAUUGAUUUUGACUGUGUAAUGGCUAGUGUACAUGAUAAGGGUGACAAAAUGAAAUCAGAUUUAAAAAAAAAAAAAAAAAAUUGCUUACUCACCAUUAUUGUCAGAAUAAACCCCAACUUGAGAGCAACCUGCACGUUCAUAGGGCAGUGAGUGAACAUGGUGGAAGUGGAUUACCAAGGUAACCCUUUGAUGAACAGUGACUGAAGGCAAAUAGAAGGGUACCAAAUUGGCGUUUUCUAAUUCAUUUUAGCUUAUAAAGUUGGCUGAAAGGAUCCGUAGGCCUUAACCACACUUUGCUUGUCCUCUGUUUUGUAUCUUCAGUUUUGUUAUCUCUGUUAAAUGGGCGCUCAUUAAAAAUUCCUGGCUUGUAAGCCCUCCGUUUUCAUUUGUAGUCAAUUUAGGGCUGACAUUGGGCAUCUACUACCGUGAUACCUAUUUAACUGUAUGUGGACUUGAAAACAUGCUAAUGACCGUAGGUAACUUCUGUGAAAGCCUGUUUUCUCGCCUUGUAAGAAUACACUGGUACUGUAGCAUAUGGAAGUCAAGACUGCCUGGCGUUAACAGGGAAAAACUUGAGUUGCUAAUAAGAAAAGUUCCUCUUCUGACAACUAUAAUGGUGCUUUUAAAUUAAGUGGUUUUUAAAGUGAUGUUUAUUUUACCAAAAAAUGUAAAUAUAAAAAAAGCCAGGUUUUCUCUUUUCAAGAUGGCUCAAGGAGCAGUUAGCAUUAGUUGUAACUGUGCCAUCAUGUGAUUUCCUCAAAAAUAAGUGUAAGGAAAGGAUGUCACUGAUAAAUAUAUUGAUUCCAAUCUGAAGUGUUUCCAGAUUUUCUCACCAUUUAGCAUAUACUCUCAAUGUAAACGAAAUGACCUGUGAAAGCUGCCAUAACAUGAAUCUAGAUAUUAUGCACUAGAUCUGGAAAUUCUAUUUGUUUAUCUCCAAUGUAAUUAAAGCAGCUCUAACACAUCUCUCCCUCCCCUCACCCCCAAUCCAAAAUGCAAUAUUUCCUAGAGAUAAAAAAAAUCUUGAAACAUGCACAUUGAUUGUGUUGGAAUUUCACUGAAAUCUACUGAGACAAAGUUUAGACUAACUUAUGUUUUUUGCUACACUUGACAAAAAAGGAAGAGCUACCUAGCUUUAGUGACGGCUGAAGGCAAAAAAGUUCUUUCUGUGUAGGAUUUCGCAGGACCUUUUAAUGGACCUCAGUGUUGUACUUUUGCAGUGUUCGAGAGUACAUCAUCUUCGUCUGUUCGUGGCAACCAAAGCACCAAGAGCUGGGGAGGAUGGUGUCAGCCAUAAGUGACAGGUUCCCUUCCCUGCACCCCUUGACAACUGCAUUGCCAGGGGGCAGUCACUGUUUGGGGGUCUUUGCAAAUUAUGCAAAAAUCCCAGACCGUGACGGAGCUGCUUUAAGCAGUAGUAUCAACACAUGACCAUGGACAUUCUCUAUUUUCCAAUCUAAGUUUAAAUACUGUUUAUUUUACUGUAAAACUGUUUUAUGGCACUAUAGUGGUCACAUUUCAUACAUUUGUGAAGUUUGAAUGUUACUUGUAUUUAAAAAUGUUUGUUCUAAGAAAAGCCAGUCACAUCUAUCUGCUCUAAACAUUGUUUAAUUGGUAAUAUCUGUUUCUUAAGUACGAUAGUAUCAAAGUGUUGUCUGAAAAAUAGUGCAAUCAUCAUGGAAAUGCUCUUCUUUUUAGCAGGUUAACCAACUGCCAAACACCAAUAACAUUCAUAAAUAUUCAUGGUGAUUUAGUGUAAACUUAAAGCGACUGUCACUUUUCAGCAUUUCCUAAAGGUGAAAACUUUCAUUGAAAUUCCAACAAAACCAAAGUUGAGUCUGCUUUAAUUUAUGAUAAACCUGAGGUUCACAAACAGCAGAGCUUCACCAUCAACUUUAGUCUAGUCCCAGCAGACGUCACAAUUGAUGGCUUUGGGAUUCAGACAACGAUAAAUGGAGAGUCUAAUGGGUCUUCCUUAGACCUCUGUGGUGUACUCUCGUGCAUGCGCGAAAGUACUGCACUGAUGUGUCUUCUCACAGAUGAAGACAGAAGCUGAAGAGGAUGCGCAGAGCGGAGACGACAGCGGCCACAAGAGUGGUAUUGUUACAACAUUCCUCUGCACCGCAGGGCCACCACACAUCACCGGAGUUGUCACUUUCAGGGGCGUUUGCCAAAUCUUCAGGUCUUCCUCUCAGUUUUAUGCAGUAUUUUCUAUAUAUUUUUUUUUUUUUUUAAAUUGACAUUGAUUAUAUAAAUAGACUUUACGUAUGUAGUUCCGUAUUGUCUAGCAUUUUGAAUGUGGUGGUAUACGUUUAGUUAUUAAACCAGUGAAGUACCAACAUGGAAGAAAUGAGGCUCAUUGACAUUGCAUUAUGAUGUGAUUUUGUGUCACUGCUCAUUAUGACAUUGUGUCCUUUUAUUUUGUGUCUGCCAUUAUGAUUUUAUCUUUUAUUGAAGUCCAAAAGUUAAAUAUAAAUCCUGUGUUCCUUCAGAUGUCAGAGGUAGAAAAGACAAAGAAAGAGAUGACAGAGAUCACGAUCGGGAACCAAGUGGCUCUAGAGAUCAUAGAGAAGAACGGGAAACUCGUGAAGGUCGUGAGCGCAGGGAAAUAAGAGAUAAUCGAGAUCGAAAAGACCCCAGGGAUUCCAGGGAUGGUCGUGAGACUAGAGACACUCGAGACUAUAGAGAUGGUAAAGAAAGCCGUGAUCCGAAAGAUUCACGUUCUGCUCGUGACACCCAUGAUUACAGAGACCGGGAAAACCACCGCAAGGAGGAGUCCUAUGAUGACCGCAGCUACAGAAGUAGUCAUGGCAGAGAAGAGGCUGCUCGUGCUGAUUCAAGAGGUGAUAACCGAAAUGAGUCCAGGAGUGAAAACAGAAAUGAUCGUAAUGGCAGGGCAAGAGGACGUGCUGCUGAUGUUUCUGAAAAAGGUAUAUAGAUAUUAAAUGUUCUAAUCAAUAUGCAGCUGUACCAAAAUCUUAGUAGUGCAAGUUGAAAUUGUUACGGCCUUCAUAUGUAUGCUUUAAAGAAAAACUAUAGUGACAGGAAAACAAAGUUGUUUCCAAAGUUGAAUCUCCAAUGACAAUGUUUUCAUGGUAGCCACUGGGAGCCAUCUUUACAGCCAGUAGAUGGUGAUUCCGAUUCUAGCACAGACUCAGUCCUGUGACGAUUGUCGAACAGCAUUUAAUUUUGCCGCGCAUUCGCUUCUAGUCUCUAAUGGUUCUCUUUGAAAAGAGGAGUCACAUGACUCCCCUCCCCCCCCCCUUUUCAAUGCAUCUGAAAUGGCUGGGCCUAGAAAUCUAAUGACUGUACUCUUGCUGCUACUGUAAUUUAAGGUGUUCCAGUACCUAUUUAAAGUAUUACCCUUUCCCCCAUUUCUCUUCUUUUAACCAUUAAAUAAAUUACAUAUAAUGUAAAGUGGUAUUUAUAAUCCAUAGCAAUUAAAAGACAAUGGUUUAGGCCACCUUAAUUUUCCUACUAAAAUGUUGCCCACUUUUUUCUGUUUCUACCAUUGUGCAUAUUAAUGAGCUUCUCACACUUCUACCGCAAUUCACUUUUCUAUUAACCUGUGUUCCUCACAAACAACUGUUUUAUUUGAAAUUAAUAUGUAUUUUUCUUAAUAACUAUUCACAGAAAAUUGCUGGUGCCAGUUAAAGACAGCUGUUCCCAUUUUGUUCAUAUUAUUUUUCUCCUUACAGCUGCCAGAGGAGCAAGAAGCUCUCAGGCUGAUAGCCACAGCGGUAGUAGCUAUCAUGACAACUGGGACUCUCGCAGUGGCUAUGCAGAAAGAGAACGGUUUGAUGGCAGAGAACAGGGAAGGGACUCAUCAUUUGAUCGCAGACAUGGGGAUCGUGAACGUCGAGAACGAGAAAGAGGUCAGGCCAUAACCUAUUCUAGUAUAAUAUGAGUAAUGCGCUUGUAUAAACUAUUGACUUUCACUUACAAUUAAUCAAUGACUCCUGUUCCCUGAAAUUUUCCUCCUCUUUAUUUUGAGAUAGUGCCCUUAGAACAGUCUGUUGACUAAUCUUGAUUGCAAUGACCCUUUAAUCGUCCCCUUUUAUUUGGCAAACAAGUUACUGAAUAUGUAAUUUAAAAUGUUAUUCUCACUUUGACGUUUUGUCUAUUGGUUCCCAGUUAAAAUCUAUAAUAGCUUUAGGCAUCUAUAAGAGCACAAUUAUGUAAUCACAUUAUCUGUUUCAGUGGUUGGCAAAUUCUGUUGAAUUCAGUACAAUUGUAUAUAUUUGUUUUAUUACAUUAUCCUUCUCAAAAGGGAUACCUUUGACUUUAUCAGAGCGCAAAAUUGCCAUUGGCAAUUCAUCCAUGAGAAGUGUGCCAUUUACCCCACCCCCUGCACUCCAUGCUGUUUGUAAGCAGGAACUUAUAACAGUGGCUGCGCAAUUAAUAACUGCAGCUACUCAAUCAUAGUGAAGUUAUAAUGCAUUGGUCCCUUAAAGGGACCCUCCAGUGCCAGGAAAACAAGCCGUUUUCCUGGCACUUCAGGUCUCCUCUCCCUCCCACCUCCCAAUGCCCGGUUGCUGAAGGGGUGAAAACCCCUUCAGUCACUUACCUGAGACCCCCGCCGAUGUCCCAUGGCGGUGGUUUCGAGUCGCGGCUGCUCCUCCCAGUCAUUACGUCGAUCGGUGUGCGAGACUGAUCUUGCAUGCGCAUUAGAGCUCUCCAUAAGAAAGCAUUGAAAAUGCUUUUCAAUGCUUUCAUAUGGGGAAUUGAGCGAUGCUGGAGGUCCUCACACAGCGUGAGGAUGUCCAGCGACGCUCUAGCACAGGUUUUCUGUGCUAUGGACAAGGAAGUGCCCUCUAGUGGCUGUCUAAUAGACAACCACUAGAGGUGGAGUUAACCCUGCAAGAUAAUUUUUGCAGUUUAUAAAAAAACUGCAAUAAUUACACUUGCAGGGUUAAGGGUAGUGGGAGUUACACCCAGACUACUCCAAUGGGCAGAAGUGGUCUGGGUGCCUGGAGUGUCCCUUUAACUUUACCACGAUUUAAAGUUGUAAGUCAUGUUACAAUAUUGUAUACACAGUGUGCAAGCUAAAUUACCUGACAAUGUAUAGCUAAAAAGAUAUCAAUUGUAUUUUUUUAGAUUAUGCUUGUGUGACUGAGCAUAUCUCUGCCUUGUCUAUUCACAGCUGUUCUGUUACAAGAUAAGCAGUGAAGAGUAACAUUCAUGCCUAUUUUGUAACAUAAACUUUACAUUUGGAACCCGCUUUAUCAUGACUUGCUUCAUUAGCUGUGAAGUAUGUGAGAACCUAUGAAUCUAUAUAUUUAUUUUAUAAAAUAUAUUACCAGGAUGGAUACAUUGAGAUUUCUCUCAUUUUCAAGUAUGUCCUGGGUCCACAAAAAAAAUCUAUGUAGAAGGAUAUGCAAGUGUACUUGUGUGCUACACUGUAUAUUGGUGUAUAUGAUUACUGAUAGUAAAUUUUAAAAAGGGUGUUUUGUGUGUGUAUUUUUAAAAAACAAAAAACAAACAGCCCAACCCUGAAAUAUUGCCAUAUAUUAUGUUCUAUAUAACUACAGUUUACAUUGAUCUAUAUGCUAUGAGCAAUUUUAUUUUACAAAUAGAAUACUCAUUUGUUAUUGCUUAUAAAUUUGAAAGCCCAUCUUUUCAUACCAUGCUACAGUAAUCUACAUAAAAAUCUGUGUUUAAUUAUUAUUCUUUGUUCCCAAGAGCAAGCAUUUUAGCCCUCAUUAAUUAAUGCAUAGGGCAACAUUUAUUACCAGCAUUAAAUUGGAUUUUACUUGCUGUUCCCAUUUUGUUUGGAUGCACAUACUUCUUGUUGGAAUUGAAGUUUAAUAAUGCAUGAUGAUAAUGCAUCAUCAUCAAGCUAAUGGCACAGAGCCUGUCCACAUUAAUUUUAUUUUUACUUUAUUGAAAAGAUAAAAUGUUUUAGUUUCUGUCCUUUUUGGAGUGUGCAAUUAUGAGGUUCUGUAGAUAACCAUACAUAGACUCUCAAACAAUCCAUGGAAAUCAUAGAACACAUUUUAAUCAUUAAUUUUAAUCAGUAAACAUCUGCAUCAUGCUUCUAUUAUUUUGAAAGAUCCCACAUGUUCUGCAGCUUUGGUACAAUAGGCAAGUAAUUUGUACAAUUUUAAAAUAGGGAAUCAGGUUAGGGAAAUAGAAGCAAGAUGUGACUAUUGCCCUGCUAAAUUGAACUUGGUCUAAAAGGAGUGUUUUGUAAUUACAUUACAGAUGAAAGGGCAAUAAAUACAGAAAAAGAGGUAAGUUGUGCUAUUUGCACUAGCAUCCUUAAAGGAACACUAGUGCUUGGAAUACAAACAUGUAUUCUUGACACUAUAGUUCUCAUAGCGAUGUUUAGCCCCCAGAUCCCCUGUCAAAAUAGUAAGAGGUGAGUUUAUGCAACUUAAUUCCUGCACCGCUUGGGGUCUCAUCCCAGCUAGCCCCGCUCCUGCUCUACCUCUCUGGCCGAAAUUAUUGAAUUUGUCGAUCUUGGCCAAUCCAAUAUCCAAUGCUUUCCUACUGUGCAUCAAAACGCUUCGUUGCACCAAUCGGCAUCUCUAUGAGGAAUGUUCAGCACUUGCAGAGCGUUAAGACGCUGAAUGUCAGUGCAGCACUGACCUAGAAUGCACUUCCAGUGGCCAUCUGAGUGACUGACACUACAAGUGUAACAGGCAGUAAAUGCCAGAACAACUACAUUAAGCUGUAGUUGUUCUGGUAACUAUAGUGUUUCUUAGGAGCAAUGAAUGUGGUCUUUGAAGGCUUAAUUCUAACGGAUACAGAAAACUGAUAAAACUCACAAAAGGGAGAUUUGUGAGAAGAGUAAUUGUUAGUCUGAUAAGACUUGGCAGCAGCCUUUGGUGGAGGGCACUUUCUCAUUUCUAAAGACAGUAAAGAUUGAGUUGCAGGUAUUGAGAUGAAAAAUUAAUGCAUUGACAAGCGCAUCGUUUAGAUGGAUUUGUUAGGAACAAAUGCAAGUAUUGUUCCUGGGAUGAGAAUGUUUAGAUUUGUAAUCUGCUCUCUUUUAGAGAGUGGGUUUUAAGAAGCUGAUGGGCAUGUAUUUAGAGUAGGUAGAGUGGCUGAAGAGACUAUCUAAUAAGGGGAGAGAAAAAAAAAAAAAAAGAAAACAAAGGGUUAUCUACAUCAGUGGUCUUCAACCGGUGGUCCGAAAGAAUUUAUUGCCGGUCCGCGAAAGCUUUCACCACAAAAUAAUUUGGUCCGGCCCAUGGAGAGCCGGCCCUGCUGUCUGCCUUUCUCAGGCCGGUGGGGAGAUCAAAGAUCUCCCUCACCGGUCUCCUGGCAGUUUGAGGGAGGGAGGGAGAUAAUACCUGGGAGACUGCAAGGCAGGAGGAGGUCACAGGAGGCUGUUAUCCUCCUGCGAACAGGCAGGUCGGAAGGUUUGCUACGCAUUACCCUGGCAACACUCCGACACAGUGCUGUGCUCACGGGAAGAAAAUAGUGAGGUUAGCCUGCAGCCGGAGGAGAUGCAGGCUGAAGUGCACGCGCCACCAUUGGCCCACCAGGCAUUGCAGUGAUCUGUCCCCUCUUUCGAGGCCAGAGGUAAGAAGGUGGGCAUAAAGCUUUCCCAUCACCUCCCCCCUUUAAGUAAAUCACCCCCCACCUCCCCCUUUAAGUAAAUCACCCCCCCCACCCUUCCUCAAUAUAGACUCCUCACACACACUACACAACUUCACACAUACCUUGCACUCAAUCACACAAACCUUGCACCCCCCCACACACACACCGCAUUCUUCACACAUACCAUUGUGUUUUAUUUCUGGCUGGCGCCAGUCCGCAAAACAUUUCUCCUAUUUUCGCCAGGCCGCAGGUGUUAAAAGGUUGCAGAACAGUGAUCUACAUAGAGCCUUGGGGUACUUUAUCUGAUAGAGAUCGUGGACAAAAAGCAACAGACUUAGAAAAGAAGUUGAAAGAUGACAGGCAAAAUAGAAAAAGAACCCUUGCAAAAAUACUGUUUAUGAAAAGUAAGCAGAAGUGGUUGACCCAUAGUAUUUUUGGUAGACUGUUUAAGAUAAAAUAAGAAAGAACAAAAACUUUAGGAUUUUGCAGCUGUUCACCUAAUUAACCCUUUUGUUUCAAAACUUGGUUUAAAGGAAUCGCACAAGUUGGAAUGAGACGGUUUGUUUCUUCAUGGUGGUUCUUACAUAUUUUUUAUUUUAUUUUUUUUAUCUAGAGGCUGAGGCAAAAGUAAGGACUUAUUUUUUUUUUUCAUUUACUAAAAUUUUUGUUGAUCUUUAAAAGUUGCUUUGAGCACUCUAGUAAUGAUGUGAAGUAGUUAAGGUGCCUGACUGUCCAAUGUCAGUUCUGUGCGACUUUCAUUGCACACUGCGUCUGUCAUUGGUUAAGAGCGGUCAACUGAUGUUCUUACCCAAUGAAUGGUGACAGUCGCUGCUUUCAGCUUCUACGGCUCUGCAGAAGCCGGAAGCACUUAAAGGUAUCAUCUGAGCCUGAUGGGGCCCCAUGUAAGAGGGCAAACUGUUAAAUGGUUUGUCCCAUUACCGGCUUCCCAGGCCAUGGUACUCCAGGCAUCAUAACCACUUAAGUAGGCUUCAGUGGUUAUGAUCAUUGGAGUAACCAAUUUACAAUAGACAAAUAUGGCAAUAUUUGUCUAUUGUAAAUUGGUUACUCCAAUAAUCAUGUGAGAGUGGCAAUACCGAAGAUCAAGAACAGAAUGGAGAGAGGUCAUCCAGUAUGAUUAAUAAAGUGACAGUACAGGAGUUUAUUUUGUUUGUUGUUUGUUGUUUGUUGUUUGUUUAGUUGUUUGUUGCUAAAACCAAAUGAGGUUUGGAUUGGCUUCCUUCACACUUUUCGCUGUCUGUCGCGCUAAGGAUGCAACACGUUAAUACAAAGAGGAUUGCAUACGUCUCUGUUACCAAAGUCUGCUCCUUUGCAUCCUCUGGGAACUAGGCAGUUUAUUUUAUUGAUCCAUCCUGAAUAGCAAACAGGCAAAUUAUUAAUGCUACAUUCCAUUUCGGAGUUGUCUUGAAUUGGUUGAGCCCUGUAAUUGGGUAUUAUCUGUGUAAGCAAUCUUGGAGCAUGUACUAUCUGCAGUAUUAAUGUUGUCCUUGGUAAAUAUAGUCAUAAUUACAACUGUUAAAAUAUUUUUGGUGAAAGUUAUUUCUGCUGUAUUUACUGUUAUAAAGUACGAUAGGUGGUCUUGAGAAGACCUUUUGGUAGAAAUAUGCUUGCGCAAAAUAACCUAACUGAAUGGAAAUUGAAUCUUGAUAAUUACCGUUGAAAUAACAUAUUCUUGUCUUGUGCAUAAUUAAGACUUCUUUAUUCCUGCUGCUAUUCAAGAUGAUUAUGAAUGAAAUGGAAAUUCAAUUUCUCAUCACACUUUUAAAAGUUCAUCUUUUGCUUUUCAUUUAUGUAGCCUAUAUUUUCAGAACAUUAUUUGAUUGCAAUCAGCAAACCACAUUUAAAUUUAUAUAUUUUUUUUCCCCCCCUCAUCAUUGACAGAUCAAAGGCCAGCCUCCCCAGCACGGCAUCUAGGAAGGAGUGAUGAUGUUGACCGAGAUGAAAGAAGAGAUGAGCGCAGAGUAGACCGCACAGAUGAAAGGAGGGAUGAUAGACCCAGAGAGAGAGAGAGGGAACGAGAGCAGAGGGAGAGGGAGAGGGAGAAAGAACGAGAAACUGAGAGAGAACGAAUCCGUGAGCGUGAAAGGGAAAGGGAAAAGGAUAGAGAGCGAGAGCGAGAAAAAGAGCGGGAGAGAGAACGAGAAGAACGAGAACGCGAAAAAGAAAAAGAAAGGGAGCGAGAACGGGAGCGUGAAAGAGAACGGGAGCGUGAAAGAGAGAGGGAAAGGGAGCGUGAGCGAGAACGUGUCCGAGAGAGGGAACGAGAUCGCCCAAGGGAAUGGGAGGACAAGGACAAAGUAAGAGAAGAGCGUAGAGAUAAAAGGGAGGAUGUGCGUGAAGAGAGGAAUCUAAAAGAAGUUCACGAAGAAAGAAAGGUUAAGUGAGUAUCCCAUUUUUCUGCAGUACUAUUGUAGCGCAUAAUCCUUAAUAUAAUUAGAUUAUAUUGGAAAAUACAGCAAUGAUAGUUACUUAGUAACUUUUUUAAUCCUUAUAAAAUAAAUCCUAAUUAGUUGCACCAAAGUAGAACCAACUGUGCUUUAGUUGAUUAAAAAGAUAAAUAGAGCAGUAUUUUGUUUUGAUCAUAAAAUAAAUAAAAUAUGACAUUAGCUUAUUGAUGUCAUGCACAAAUAUGUGUGAUCAACUGGUUCUACUUUCAUUUAAAGUAAAUGUGUAAAAUAAAUUAAAUACUUGUAGAUAUGAAGGUUUUCUUCAUUAUUGUAAAACCUUCAAUUACCUAAAUGUUGGAACAGCUCUGCAAACUCUUUGAGAAAUAUCCUUAAAAUACUUAUUUUUUUAUAUAUUUAUAAUUUUCAGUGCAGAUGUACAAGAAAUACAUAAUCAUUACAGAGUAUAUAGCAGCGUUAUACAAUGUGGAUAGUGACGGUUGGCAUAUAAUGCUAAGCACCAGGUUUUGUGCUGCCUGUGUAUUACACCUGCUUUUAACACAUGCAUAUGAAUUACAACAACUUGACAACUUCAACAGGGGGUAAACGUUUGAGGAGGGGUGGGGGUGAAAGUGAGGGUGAGUAUAUAGGUGGAAAGGGGGGGGGAGGGGAUAGCUGCGACAUCACUACAUUCCUGCCUGGAACGGUAGUAAGUUAGAGAUGGCCGUCCUCUCUGGGUAGUUCCGGGGUGAGAGAGAAAACACUUGACUCUUAAAGGGACACUAUAGUCAGCAGUACCACUACAGCUUUAUGUAGUGAUUCUGAUGUCUAUAGUAUGUCCCUGUAGGCCUUUUCAUUUAAACACUGUUUUUUCAAAGAGACCGUAUUUACAUUACUGCCUAGUAACACCUCCAGUGGCAGUUCUCCAUGGAGAUGCAUUGAUUCAAUGCAUCUCUAUGAGGAGAUGUGGAUUUGCGCAGUAGUAUUUUGUUUCGCAUGUACAAUAGCCUCAUAAUGCUUUCCUAUGCUGGUGGAGGGAGACUGAUGCAGCGUGGGAAAUAAAGUGAGUAAAAGAAAGGAAGGAAGGGGGCCUGUCACCUAAACAGUGAUUUUACCGCUAUAUUGUCAGGAAUACAUGUUUGUGCUCCUGACAUUUUUCUAGUGUUCCUUUCAAUUUUGUGUAGCAAAAUUAAUACAUAUAAUGUUACUGUAUAUUACACAAUAGUAAAAGUAACUGGUAUGGGUAUAAGCGUUACCCUUAGUUGGAUAAAUAUAUGUGAAUUUCUAUGAGGACCAGUAUAGUGGUCUGACCCUGAUCUGGAGGUAAAUGUUGGUAUAUUUAGAUGCUUUUCUGAUGGUUUAUUUUUAUGUGGCAAUCGUAAAUUCCAAAUGCCCACCUUGCUUGGUUGAGUGAUAAUUUCAGUAGCAAGCUGGUUAACCAAGUGUACAGAGGUAACGUUAUACUUCAUAAAGUGAAAUCACGUCUUUAAAAACAUCCUGUCUUUCUCGUUUCAUUGCUUUUUCCUUCAUUUAUGUUCCAGAAGAGACUUAUUUUUGUUUUCACAGCGAGGACAUGCAGACCUUUUGUAGUCCUCCACAAUAUAAUUAUUUUCUUUUAAUCGAGGUCUUAGUUUUUUUAGUUUUUUUUUCUAUUGAUGAACCUUGCUAGUUUAAAAUAAGCCCACUUUAUUCCACAGUUCUUCCUAACGCUUUUUAACAUUUAAAUUGUUUGUGGCUUGUGUCUCUUCUGAAUCAUCUUUGGCUAUUUAUAUAUUUGAAAUUUGCGGUAACAAUAACUUAUGAAAUUUUAAAAUCUUUUAAGUUUACAUUUUUUUUAUUAACUUCACACACUAGGAAGAGGCACAGAAAUGAAAGCAGUCCAAGCCCACGCCAAUCUCCCAAACGUCGCAGAGACCACUCCCCUGAAAGUGAUGCUUACAACAGUGGUGAUGAAAAACGUGAGUAUUAAUACUAUUGCCGUUUUUAAAGCUAAGUUGAAAAAAAUAAAUACAUUUAUAUUUUCACUAUAGUCAACUGCAUGUGCAACUGCAACCUUAAUUGGAGCAGUAGAGCAGCUACUGUCAUGCAGUCACCGUUUAAGGCAGCUGCCACAGCACCAAUUUAUACAGAGGUCAUUUCUCACUCUAAGCCCCCAGGCUGUCGUACAUUUCAUGUGGGAAUUGUUUAAAUGAUAAUUUCUGAAAUUUAGUAUAUUGAUAGAUUUUUCUCAAUCACAAGAUUGUUGCCUAGCAUCCAUUUAAAGGAACAGCGACAACUUGGGUUUCACAGUACAUCUUGCUUUGUAAUUUAAGCAGGUCAGUUCUAACACUUUGUUUUGGUAUUUCUGGCUUUGUUCAUAUUGCCAACAACUGUGAUUUUCAUAAUGUACCCGUCAUAGAACGCUCUGAAAUGUGAUUCAGUUUUAGUAAUACAUUUCCCUUAUUCAAUGCAAUUCUUGUCCUUCAUGUCUAGUAAGAUGAGGCUGCACUGGCUGAACCUUUUCAUACAGCACUUUCAGCCACCUGUAAGUGAUAGUAACGUUUCCCCUGUAAUUGAAUUCUGGUGAAUUUAAUUAUUAUAUUAAACCUGGAAAGUAGAACAGCUGCAAGAUGUAUGGUUUAGAAUCUCUCAAAUGUAUUUGACUAUUUCAGUCAGUGAUUCCUAGAUCUGAUGUCACGCUUUCACUGUGUUACAUGAAACGCAGAUUCCUUGUAGUUCAAUCAAGUGAAUCGAUCUUCAUGUCUAAUGCUCAGGGACAUCAAAGAAUUCAGAUUCCAAGAAAUACUCACUGAAGCUCUUGUAAGAAAAUGCUCAGCUACUUGGUUAACAUGAUCCUGAAAGCCUGCACAGUAGGUGUUCUUCGAGGCCUCAAGGAAAACUCUUCUUGUAUUUGUCCUGUAGACACAGACACUAUUCGUAAUGUAAUAAAGAUGGAGGACAUUAGUGUAUGAAACUGAACUUCCAAGUAGAAUAGCAUGCAUUUUAUAAUCCUAUGUCACUUUGUUUUCUAUGUCUUUAAUACACGUAAAAUUCAUGCUACAGUACCUUCUACUGAAUAUUCUAUUGCAAUGGUUUUAAUGAGACCGUAAUGUUACCAUGUAGCUGACAUACACAUGGAAAUAAAAUGAAUCCUUCCUGUAUCCCGAUUCUCCAAAAGUCCCAUGAAUGCAGAGUAAAGCAUUCCUCAUAGUUCUCCUAUACCUAUGAUUUUCCUCAAUGUAAAGGACCAGAGCUUCUGGGGUGAGGUGACAUAGCUGGUUAAUGCACCAACUGUAUAAGCUUAAACCUCCAGACAAAUUCACCCUUUCAGUUUAAUGCAAUCCAUCAGAGUCAUACUAUAAUUAUAUAUAAAUCUAUCAUGUAUUUUUUUGUUGUUACGGGGUGCUAAUAUAUAUGUAAGUUUUGAUCAGGUAAAAAGUAUUUUACCUACUUGUUAGUGUUGCAUUGAUACUUUGUUUUCAGUUUACCAUAGACACCUUGUUGUAUAUUUUAUAUGUUCUAGCUCAGUUGAGUGCAUUUCUAUCCUAAUCCCAUUUUCUCUAAAACACAGGGCUUCUUGCAGCAGUAAAAGGCAAAGCAGGCAAGUUACAUAAUAUUUACAUAAAUAAUUGAACAUUAAUGUACUGUCAUAUAAAUAUAACAGCAAAAGCUUAAAUGAAACCUGUCAUCUCCCACAGUGUUCUCUCUAGGAAUUCCCAUUUAAACUGAUUGUCACUUGAAAGUAUGUACUUACCCCAAUGAAGAUCACACUGCUUUGUCUGGUGAUGAUGGCUGAUGUCAUUGCAAUGUGAAUGUGCUGCCGGGCUAUGCAAAAUGAUCUUUGGUUGGUUAAGCGUGUGCUCUUGACCAAUGAUCUCAUAAAUGGUGGCAUUCAAGGACAAAGUGUCGCUACAGUGGACAGUUUUCAUUCAAAACAUAUUUUAUAUAAACUUUGCAUUCCUUUGUAGAAAGUCAUGAUACUCGCUGAAUGGAUUGUAUAAUCUAAGAUCACUUUCCUAUUAGCAUUUUAAAUAACGAUCGAUUUUUUUUUUUUUUUUAUAUAUAUUUUAAUACUUCAGAAAUUAGCCACUGAUCAGCAGGGAGAGAUUGUGUUCAAGCUGGAGGGCAUCAAAAGGAAUGCAGUGUAAAUGUUUUAUGUAAUCCAACUUUAACUGAAGGUUGUUGGUGGAGUUGUUUGAAGAGAGUAAGGAAACUAAUUAGAUCAUAUUCCCAGUAGCUGCCCUAGAGCUUAUUAUGCUUAUGAGCCUAAUUUGAAAUGUAUUAUUCAAAUCUUGCCUACCAAGCCAUUUAUAAACAUUCUUAUGGCAUAACAUACAAGUAACUUUUUAUGCACUUUUGAUUAAUGUAAAUGUACUUUUAGAUGAGUUAGACUGCAGUUAUCGACAGUUGUCAAAUAUUUGAUUGUUCCCUUUCUACAGUCAUGCUUUCAGGAGGGUAAUUACUGUGUAGGGCUUAGACAACUCUAACUAAAAUGCACUUCAUACAUGUUUGAAUAAUCAAAACUUGUAGCCCCAGUUAAAGGAUUGUUUUUUCAGGCUUGUUCAACUCUCUCGAUCAAGUAACAUCAAUAGUAGUGGGAUACAGCUGACAGGAACAAAGGCCAAACUAUAGCACCUAAGGGGCUGCAACCCUUAAUGUAUCUGUGUGAACCAAUAGAAUAUAUAGACUUCAUGGAAUAAGUGACAUUGAAAAAGUUUAUUUGGAUCACAAAGGACAAAACUUGAUUAAGACCAUAAGGCGCAUAACCCCUUCACAACCAAGCGGUUUGUAAAAAAAACACCUUUAGAAUCGGAUUAUGUUGGGUGCUUUAGAAAGUAAUGUUUAAAUGUAUUUUCCGUUAUACAUAAACAGAACAUUAUUUAAUGGAAAAUUUUAAAUGAGAAAACAGUCUUAUAACUUUUCUUUAUGUACACUUGUCACUUUCCCACAUAUUCCAGUAAUUCUCUUACAUUGGACUCUCUUAUUUCCCUGUAUAUAUUGUUCAAUAUGUAUCCAUGUUGUGUGUGUGUGUAAUUCUCAACUACUGUAACAUUGCCUCCUUGCACAUGCAAAUUCACUGACCGACACACACAAAGACAUGCCAACACACACAGGCACAAAUCCAAAUAAAUUUAUAGCCACAGAUUCACAUGUUUGAGGUAUUGAGAGGGGAAGAUUUUAUCGGCCAUUCACAGUUUAAUAAGCCAGUAUGGUGCUAAUCAGCUUGAGCAGCACGGUAUACAAAGAGGUAGUAUCUGUAUUCAGCUUUCAUAGGCUCACUGCACUGUGAGCUCUCUCUGACUGAAGUUAUGGUGCAAAUUGCAAAUUAAAUUGGUUCCAGAGUUAGGAGGCAUACCCUGGGAAUAGUGUAUGCAUAAAUCCCAGUGUGAAGGUGUUAAACAGUGCAUUAUGGAUGAUCACUUUUUGGUUUAUUGGAUAUAACUGCAUAUAUGCAACAUUUGUAUAUUAAUUAUUUGUAUUGCUAAAUAUCUUUAAUGUUUUAUGCAGAUGAAAAGCACAGACUGCUAAGCCAAGUAGUCCGACCUCAAGAUUCUCGUUCCCUAAGUCCAACCCAUGUUGCUGAAGAACGGCCAUCCCGAUGGAAAGAGGAAGAGCGGAAACCAGACCGAAAGGAAAUAGUCAGACGGUAUGAAGAGCCAGAGACAAAAGAGAGAACAGCCACAUUGGAGAAACAACGAGAGCAUGUGGUGGAAGUUGCUGAAAUUUCAAAGGCAAAAGAAGUGGAUAUAGUAGUUCAACACAAACCAGAAGAACGAGAGGUUCCAGAGAAGAUUCAUGAUGAGAAGGUGAAGAAAACCAAAAUGCAGAAAAAAGCUGCGAAGAAGAAGAAAGAUGAAGAAAUUAUCCCAGAAAAAAUUGCUCCUGAGCCUCAGCCUGAAGACAUUCCAGUCUUUUCACCUAAGAAAAGCCAGAAAAAGAAAAAUGUAGACAAAAAGCGAAAGAAAUCUAAAGGUGAUUCUGACGUUUCUGAUGAGGAAGCCAUAGUUCCACAUAGUAAGAAAAAGAAAGGCCCAAGGACUCCUCCAGUAAUAGUGGCUCCUGUUGUUGUACCACCUGUGAAAGAAGAGAUUGCCGAGGUGUUGCCAGAGAAAAUGGUUGAACCUGAAAAAGAAAAGGAAACUACAUUCAGUGAUUGGUCUGAUGAAGAUGUUCCUGAAAGAGGAGAACUCAUAGUUCCAGAGAGAGUUGCAGAAGAGGUUAUUAAAAAGCCUCCAAAGAGCAAAGUAGAAAAGGAAGAGCUUCGACCAGCAGUUGUAGAAGAACCUCCACCACGAAAGCCUGCUGAGCAGAAACGUAGCAGCAGCAUCUGCAGUAAUCAGAGCCGUACAUCUAGCCGUCUGCGGUCACCAUCUAUUGAUUCUGUUCACCGUGGAGAGGAUCAGACUGCUAAGAGAAGAUUAUUGCAUGGCAGUUCUAGAGAUCGAGAGAGGAAUAAAAGUAUUGAACCUACUGGUGAACGCAAAUCUCGAAUUGAUCAGCUGAAAAGAGGAGAACCUAGUCGCAGCACUUCUUCAGGUACUUGAAGUUACAGUUUGUUGUUGUACAGUGACUGUUUUCAAUAUGCUGUAAUUUUUUUUCUCAACUCCUGACUCUUUCAUGUAAGAAAUUGGGCUUAUUUACUAAACAGUGAAAUGUGCCAAAUUGAUUCUACGGUACUGAUUGGUGCUAGUGCUUUCUACUAAAUAUGCUGUGCAUGCUAGUACAAGUGUAUACCAUCAGUACCAUGGCUAUUUAAAGCCAAUAGUUUGAGACCUAUUUCAUUGUUAUGCUUAGCAAAUAGUUUAGCGGUCCAUAGUACAUUUAUAAACCUGUUAGUGCUCAAGUGAUUUUUAUCCUAUAAUCACUUAAUUUAAUUAAAGUAGUUAUGGUGCAAGGAGUCCUAAUGGUGCCAUCCUACUGUUCAAUGUGAAACCAAUUUCAAUCCAUUUUACACUGUAUGAAGGUCCCUGGCUGCCAGUGGUACUGACCUCCAGUGUAUGGUUGGCUAAUGCAGAGUGUAACUGUUAUUAAAUACUAAUACAUACCAGUGAUGGGCUCAGUUGACCAUCUCAACCUGUCAGCUGCUGGAUGCCGCAAUGUGGGUUUAACUGUUUUGAAAAUUAUUUAACACUGAACAUUAGAAAGAUGCCUAUCGAUUCCUAACAUGUUUUAUAAGUAAUUACUUAUAAGUAAUAAGAGUGUAUUUCCAAGGCAUGCAAGGAAGCAUGGUGCAAGAUGUCUUUAAUAGCCAGCGGAAACUCUGCAAAGCAGUUUUGAAGUUGCUUUCUAAAAUGUUUUAUUUUUUUUUUAUUUUUUUUGUUGCUGCUAAUAUAUGAGUUAAACUAUUUAAUAGAUCGCCGAGAUUCAAGAAGUCACAGUUCCCGAAGGAGUUCUCCUGAAUCAGAUCGUCAAGUGCAUUCUAGAUCUGGAUCUUUUGACAGCCGGGAAAGGGCACCUGAUCGAGAACGUUAUGAACAUGAUCGGGAAAGAGAGCGUGAGAAGGACAGAGAAAGAGAACGGGAAAGGAGAGAUGGAAGAGCCAGGGAUUGGGAGAGAGAAGCUGACAAAGAAAGGUCAAGAAACAGAGAGCGAGAGAGGGAAAGAGACAGAAGGAGAGAGAUGGAUAGGGAACGCGACAAAGUGGUUCCUGAUCCCAUAGAGAAAGAAAGAGUUCGUCUUCUUGAUGUUCCUUCAAUGGUAGUUGAGCAAAAACGAGACCCAAAAGAGAGAGAUAAUGAAAAGUCCUAUGAUGCUGGUGGCCGUAUCCCACCACUUGUAGAAAGAAUAGAAAAGGAAGCAGAAAACAUGCAUAGCUUUGCUCUGAGUCGUAAAGUAGAUAAAGCUGAAAGUUUUGAUGGUAAGAAUGUGGUUUUGUUUGUGUUUAACUACUUAAGGACUAAAGCUUUUUUGAAAUGCAACGCGUUUGUGACUAAGGCCUUAGCGUUUUUGCCAUGCAUUAAUCCCACCACAAUUUCUCCCUUUCUGUUUAAGUGCACCCUUAAAGUGCUUUCUAAUAGUACCCUAUAUGUAUACAUAACACAAUAUUAAAUAUGAAGGAAAAUAUAAAAAAAAAUAAACCAGACAAAAAUAGAAAAUACCAAUUUCUUCAGUUUUACAUGCAAUCAUUUCUGCACACUUAGUGGACGUACAUAAAACUAACUCAGAUUCAUUGUCCUGAUUGUUAAAAUGCUUAAUACGUCUAGGAUUUCAAUACAUUUUUAGAAUUUAUAAAACAUAUACUGCAAAUAGUGAAUUACAGUUUUAUAGCUAAAACUGUGCAAAAUUUGGCACGCUGGGAUUACAAUUCUUUAUAGUAGUCACAGAAUACAAAACCGCUACACAAAAGUAUUUAUUUAUAGAAAGUACAUCUCCCAGGCUAUGAAAUGAAAGGGCAUUUUGACACUUUUCAUUUAAUCACAAACCUAUGUCAAAUUAGUUAAUUUUUAUGUUUUGGGCCCCUCCACCCCCCCACUUUUUAUCUUGGGAUGUACAGAUCACACGUGUCCCAAUACUGCUACUAUUUUCGAGUUCAAUAAUACCCCACAUGUGUUCCCUUUACCCUAAUCCUCCCUAUAAUCCUGGUCCUAAUCCUAGUCCUAAUAUCGCCUUUUAAGGUAUUCUAUGUGAUGACCUCCAUACUGACAUCAGCAGAGGAAUUUCCUUGUUCACACAGUACAGAGGGUACUGUAAGUCCUCUGUACUGUGUGAUUGAAAUAUGAGGGAGAGCUCCCUCUCAUGCUGCAGCUUCUCACACAGAAACCAGUGCCUCCCUCACAGCCCCUUCCUCCAGUAAAUAAAGGGUUAAAAACCCUUUAUUAACUUACCUGAAUCCAGCGUCACUGUCCCUCAGUGCUCCGCCUUCUCUGAAGUAGGCUAAUGCACAUAUGCCGAGUGCUCAUUGGGGCCCUCCCCAUAGGAAAGCAUUUAAUCCUCAUGCAGAGCCUAACACCUAGUUGCCUAGCAAGCAGGAAGCACCUCUAGUGACUGUCUUUGUACUGCAUUGUAGACAUUCCAGUUUCUCUAAAACUGCAAUGUUUUACAUAGCAGGACUAAGUGUGACAGCUGAAGUGGUCUGGGUGCCUAUAAAGUCUUAAGGUCUUCCUUACGUUGUGUGUAUAUAUGCCAAUUUUGCGAGAAUAAUCCAGAUUAUCGCCUGACAUUCACAAGAGACUCUUAAAUCAAAUUAGUUGCCAUUGAUGACUCUGAAUUUGCCUCAAUUCUUUACAUGGCUCCAUUGAUACCAUCAUCUAUUUGACUAUGGAAACCCACUUUUACUUGAGCUGACGUGUCACUUUAAGUUCAUUUUUUUUUUUUUGUAUUGUUUUCCCGAUUCUUGUAGUCUUGUCAUAGUUUGAAUUAUUUUUUUAUUUUUCUAUGUGAAUUGUCAAUAUCUAACAACUGAUUGUGUGCACAGGUGGCGACUAUGAUUCCAAGCUCGACGAUGUUCAGUCAGGUGAUUCUGUAGCUGGUGAAGAGUAUGAACCAAUCAGUGAUGAUGAGUUGGAUGAGAUUCUGGCAGAUGAUGCUGAAAAGAAGGACGAACAGCAAGAUGAUGAAAAGGUAUCUGGUAAGUACAACAUUUAUUACUACAAACAAAUCCUUGCUGUCAGCGGUUCAAUUAGACAGAGAUACAAUGUCAUCCAAGAUAUAGGACUAGUCUUAAUCACCUAAUAUUGUAUUUUUUACAUUGGAUAGCCAUUUUGCAAGCACAUGGAUUGAUGUUGUUUUAAUUUUAUGCCGCACUGUGGCGUAUGGUCAAGUUGCACUGAAAGUAGUCUCAUGCACAAAGUGUAUAGAGUACCAAUUCUAAAACCAUAAACCUUUAUUAGCUAUCUUUCUGCCCACAUUAUGAUAAAAUAUGUAAUGAAAACAGGACAUGUCAUGUGUGGCAGUAUCAAACUAUAUAAUUAAAAAUAAUGGUGAUAUGCUAUUACAGUGGCAGCUGUAUAAUUGCACACUUUACAGCAACGUUCUUAACAAGCAACUUUGCUUCUGCCCUGAAGCUACUUUUCCCCUUGGUCCUUGCGUGGAGCUCACAUUUCUAGGAAAAGAUUGCAGAUACCACUUUAUAUUUGCUCUCACUGCUUCAAUGUCCAUUGCCUAAUUCUCUGCUCUUACAACACUUACAACCCCAACCUUAUUUUUUUCUUUUCAAGCAGAUAUUUGAGGAUAUGACAUUGAAUACGUCAUUCUCUCUCCCCCCUCCCCCCACUAAACCAAUAAGUAAAUGUAUAGAUUUACAAAGCAAAUGUAAUACUUUAUUUUUCUAUUGAGUAUCUAUUGAGAAAAGUAAGAUAGAAAAUAUCUUUGUUUAGAUCAUUUAGAUGUAAUUGCUGUGGACUGGUCCAGCCUGAUGCCAAAGCAGACAAAAGAACCUAGAGAAUCUGGUGCUGCACUCUUAAAAUUUACUCCUGGUGCGGUAUUACUGCGUGUUGGUAUUUCCAAACGUUUGGCAGGGCCUUCCCUCUUCAGCAAAGUUAAAGAAACCUGUCUGCAAUCUUUGGACAAGCCUAAAGGUAAAUAAAUUCUAUAUUUUCUUCACAUCUUACUUCUUUACAUAAAUUUUUAUAUAUCAAAAUAUUGAAUUGUAAUUUCUUGAGAAUCUCCAUCAGGGGUUCCCAAAAGGUAGCUCCCCAGAUGUUGCAGAACCACAACUCACCUGAUGAUUUGCAUGCCUUCAUAAUGCCAUUAGGAUGACAAACAUCAUGGAAGUUGUAAUGUUAAAAAAAUCUGGAUAUCUACAUGCUGGGCACCCCUGAUCUCCAUCAUCCUCUGGUGAUUGUUAAUGUAUACUGCUGGAUACACAGGUCUGUUGUCAUAAAUUAAUAUCACUAGGAAUGUUAACAAUAAUUUUACAUUUAUCUUGCAAUCUCUUAUCCUCCUCUGUAUUACACUUUGUGUAUAUUUGGCUACUGAUGUAUUGAUCAAUCGUACUGAAAACAAAUGGAGGGGAGGUUAGCCAACAAUAGUAGAACAUGUUAACAUUCAAUGAGUGUGCAGUUUUUGUGCACCAUGGAUGAAGCUACUUGAAUUUGGGGCCUGCUAUUCCUCCUUAAAGGAGACCUAGCACCAAAUCAAUCCAUAAAUAUGAGGACUUGUUCUGAUGUAUCUUGCCCCCACCCUCAGGGACCCCCUCCCGCUGGGCUCUGGAGGGGGAGGAAGGGGUUAAACUUACCUCUUUCUCCAGUGCCGGGCAGGGCGCUCUCACCGGCUGAAUGCACAUGCGCGGCAAGAGCCGUGCGCGCAUUCAGCCAGUCCAUAGGAAAGCAUUCACAAUGCUUUCCUAUGGACGCUGGCGUCUUCUCACUGUGAAAAUCACAGUGAGAAGCGCGGAAGCCCUCUAGCGGCUGUCAAUGAGACAGCCACUAGAGGCUGGAUUAACCCUAUUAUAAACAUAGCAGUUUCUCUUUAUUUAAUUUAGUUUUUAGUUCAUUUUUUUGUUAUAUUAUUAUUUUGUUUAUUAUUUUUUAUUAUUUAUUAUUAAUUUAUUUAUUUUUUUGUCCCCCCUCCCUGCUUGAUACAUGGCAGGGAGGGGGGCUCUCCUUCCCUGGUGGUCCAGUGGCAUUGGCAGUUCAGUGAGGGGAGGAGGGAGGCUGGCAGAGCUGUUACUUACCUCUCCUGCAGCUCCUGUCAGCUCUCUCCUCCUCCGCGCCGGUCUGUGCAGCUCUUCUGUCAGCUCACACUGUAAGUCUCGCGAGAGCCGCACUAUGACCCCGCGGCUCUCGCGAGACUUACACUGGGAGCUGACUGAGGUGCUGCACGGACCGGCGCGGAGGAGGAGGGAGCUGACAGGAGCUGCAGGAGAGGUAAGUAACAGCUCUGCCAGCCCCCAGUCUGUAUUAUGGCAAUGUAAAUUGCCAUAAUACAGACUGACUCGAGUAUAAGCCGAGUUGGGGUUUUUCAGCACAAAAAGUGUGCUGAAAAACUCUGCUUAUACUCGAGUAUAUACGGUAUUUUUGUGUAACUUACUUUAACCACACAAGUUAUGUAAGAGUGAUUGGAAAUAAGAUACUGAAACAUUUUCGUCAACAUGUAUAUUAAAAAAAAAUAAAAUAAAAAAAUAUUCAUAGGAACAUUUUUCGAAAUAUAUUAAUAUAUUUUAAUUCCACUGUCAGUGAAUUUAUAUCAGUGGGCCUCCUGUUUUAUUAAAAAUCAAAACAUUAAAAUGCCUUGGUUACCUUUAUACCAGUCAUUAAGUUUGAUAUUUAUAUAAUUUAGAUUAGUUUGCCACAAGUCGAAGAAAAUAGCUUCUUAUCAUUUUGAUACCAUGUUUCCCAUGUACCUCUUUUCAGAAUAAAAAAAAAUUAUAUACAAAUGUGAACUAACUGAUUAUCUUUUGGACUGACUUGUUUAGAUGCCGAGGCCUUGUUUAAACAUGAUCUUGGAGCUCUAAAUAUGGCUGCUUUGCUGAGGAGGCAGGAAAGAGCCGGUUUACUUAGUAAUCUUGGACCAUGUUGUAAAGCUCUCUGCUCUCGAAGAGACUUUGCAAUUCGCAAACAGCUUGUUCAGAAUGAUAAAGUAAGUGUUAGUGUAUCAUGUUGUCAAGUGAUGUUGCAUUCCUGGAUUGUGCGAUAUUCACUAUAUAACCAGACCAAAUUUGUCAAACCCAUUUUGCAGAAUGUAGUGCUGAUUUAUUAACACGUUGGUUUUGGUUUCUGUCUCUCCUCUCCGUCCAGGGCACUGUGAAACAGACUUACUCAAAUCCUCCAGUAAUGGACAGUGAACUGCUAAGGUUAAGCCUGCGUUUAUUCAAACGGAAAGUGCCAACCCAAGAGAAGACUGUUGAUAGCAAACUCCCUGCUCUAAAUAAGCCGCCUGAAACGUGCAUUUCUUAAAUGACUGCAAACUCACUCUGAAGUGUUGUGUUGCUGUAAAAACAUUUUUUUUCACCAGUCUUGUGUUGUUCAUGACACAUUAAUGUAAUGUUAUGACUAUAAACUUUUGUUUUAAAAUGUGUUCUUGAUAAUUCUCAAUGUAUAAAGUUCUAGAAAUAUGUUUUGCUGAAGUUUUCAAUAUUUUGGUUUUUAACUUAACUAGCUGUAGAACAAGUUGUACACAUUUUAGUCUAUCAUUUUAAUCAUUAUUUUAAAUACCCAUUUCUUACCACAAAUACACCUAAUUUUACCCGAGAAUUCACACAUUAAAAAUCUAUAUUUUUAUGCCAUUUUAUGUUGAUGUAAAUUAUUCGUAAAGAAAAAAAACAAAACAGUCUAAUGAAUUUAACACAAUAUAGUUUGAGACAUCCACACAUUGAGAUUGGAAGCCUUCAUGUGAAACUGCAUUCAUUUUUAAACAUUGAAAGAACAAUGUAGUCACAUGAAUACAAACAUGUUUUCCUGUCACUAUAGUUUUAAAAACAAACUUGAUCUCAGCCAAUCCAAUGCUUUCCCAUAGGCGCUGCACCAAUCAGUAUCUCCUUAUAGAGAUGCAAUGUAUCAACAUGUGCUGAGCGUGGAGACAGUGAACGUUGGUUCUCCCUGAGUUAUGGCCACUAGAGGGGUUACUCUGAAAAGACCGUGUUUGCAUUGAACAUCCUACAGGGAAAGGCUGUAGACACCAGAACAACUACAUGAAGCUGUAGUUGUUCUAGUUAUUUUGAAAUGCCUUAAUUUUUUGUGGCUUUACCAGGUUUGUUCAAACUUGGCCCGAUGGCUGAAUCUGUACUGCAUUGCCCCUUAUUCAAUGCCAGCCAGAAAGCCACAUUUUCACACCCCUGUAGAGUUUUGCUUUCACAUGUGUUUUCGUUGACCCACUGACACAGGCUAAGUUUAGGUAGCUGCAUUGGAAAACUACCAGUGUGCAGUUUAGGUUGCAAAUCAAUUCUAUAUUUAAAUGAGUUGAAUGAUGAGGGGGUUAUUUAAUCAUUUAAGGCAUGACAAUUAUGACACUAGGUCAUCCUAGCAGAAGAAAGUCCUUGGGAAUUUGAAGUGGUACACUUUUCAUUUGUGUCUUUCUUGAUUUUUAAAUUGUCUACUUAACUGUGAAUUGAAAAGCAAGGCUCAUAAUUUUGCAAUUGAGUUUUUAAUUCCGCACAGUUCACGGGUUAUUAAGCAAAAGUUGGUGUCCGUUUGUAUUGCAUUAGUAUUGGAAACGCUAAGUAUAUCUGCUUAACGUUACUGCUGCAAUGUAUACUGCAAAUUUGUGAAUUCACUUUUGUGUGACAUGCACUUGUAGGAGAUUCCAUUUUAGCUCCAGCCCCGACAAAGCAGAGAAAAGGCUUUAGAUUUUCAAAAAGGUAUGCGAUGCAAUUAAAGUGCUUAUGAUAGAAGGUCUGUCUAUAACCUGCUAAAAAGGAAACACAUUUUAUGCUCACAGAUGAAUUUGGUUUCACUUGCGUCCUCUCAAAUACUGAGCAUGUAAGUGAAGAAAAGGAUGGGGAAUGGAAACAUAGAAGGGUUAAAGGUACAAACAUCUAAAUAAAUGGUGGUGGGUUAUUGCGGGUUUGUGGGCUUAUGGCUGUUACCUGAAUGGAAACCAACUGGCUGCAGAACUUACCUGCCAAACUGCUUCAGUAUAUGCCAGAAAAAAGUCUGCUGAAAGUUCCAAAUGGCUGCUUUCCAGCUAUGAAAUGAAUAUCUGCUUCAGUGUAGUGGGUUGUAAUCAUCUGAAGUGGUGCUAUCAUGGACCUGACCAGUUUUAUUGGUAAGGAGUCUGGACCAGAGAAAUAAAGUUGAAAAUUAAUCACAGUAAGGGUUUGAAAGGUAACUUAUGUGACCGUUCCCCCAACAUCAUUACAGCACCACUUCAUGGUGAUACAUACAUACACUAAGAUAACUAGCGCUAGAGAUGCAUGUAAUUUCUUGGUGGCUGGUGAGGACAUGUGCUGUCCUGGUCUGCCGAGGGUGAACUAGAAAAUGCUAACAAUGCUCAACAUGAAUUUGCCUACAACUUUAAAAAAAAAAAAAACAACCUACAAUCUAUAUGAACGCAAGCGAUAUGUGUUAUUGACAAAUAUUAAUUAUUUGUAGAAUAAUGAAGGGGCUGCUCUCUAAACACUUUGAUUCAGGAAGUGGACAUAUUCCAUAAUGAUCACUAGCAGUAUAUCUUAACAAGUGUGCUUCAUUUGUCAUAACCUAACCCAUGUUAUGUUGGUUACUGUGUGUUUAUACACCUUUAUUAAACAAUGCAAACGAAGUACCAGUUAUAGUGUUAUCUGAGUUAGUGUAGUUUUUCUCUUAUGUAAACAGUACUGCAGUCUGUUAUUUGUAACAUAAAAUGAUGUAGCGAGACAUAAUAGCAUAUAGUGCUUAUAAAGCAAGAUACAGUGUUUCUGUAAUAAUAAAAAAAAAAAGUACUAAAAAGUGAAAUGGUCCUUAGGUACUGUUUGUCAAGUGUGUAAAACAAAUUGCUUAACAGAAAAGUGUGUUGGUAGUUGCACUACUUGCUAAAAAUGACUGUUGAUAAUAGCAUAAUCUGUCUAUAAAAAAAUAAAUAAACAAAACAGGUUUGUGGAUAUUUAUAAG